AACUUUUGUGGUAAUGUGACAUUUCGAGGCUGCUCGCUGCAUUGUUUUAUUACAAGCACGGGGUCCUCGGUUUCGCUUUUUUGCGGUGACCACAAGCGACCCAUACUAAUAAGGUCUCAAAGUAAAUACCAGCGCAGGAGAUCUAAUGUAAAUUUUGCUUGUCAGAGCGUCGUAGGUAAUAAAUAAGACGGCUAACCAAUAGUGAGCAGGAGGCUGGCUAACCUUAGACUCCCCAGCCCCAAUUCAGGGCUAUGACCAGUCGCCUUUGAUUAUCAGUUGCCAACAGCCCCUCUCUUGGCUCCUUGACAUGAGCUCCAUAUAAGGCAGCGAUCUCCAUAGAAACGUGUCAGUUUCAAUAGUAGUGUCAAAGUUCACUAUAUACAGACAUUCGCGCAGAUCCCCCUUCGGAAAAAUUGCUCCGCUAGUCUCCCCGUUUAAACGCAUUCAUUUUGUCUCCCCCUUGCAUAUUCUAUUAGUUGUUAUUCCUUUCCUCCCUUUCUCUCUCCACUCCGCAUGAGAGGUGAAAAUAGGGCGUUUUAGCGUCGGCCGGCCUUUUUUUUUUGUCCUGGUGAGUUUUUUUUUCUCUGACAAUUCAGAUCUUCGGAGAAGAAGGGAUUUAACACUCGCCAUACUUUACUUCGGAUCGCGUGGUUAUUUUUUUUCUGUGUGUGUCCCCUCGAAUUGUGAUCGUUUCUUUCCUUUCCCCCCCACCCCCUACUCCCAUAAUCUUUAACCCCUCGUUCUCUCCUAUAUUGCUUUCCUGAAUGGCUGACUGCGUGUUGCCCUGGAUCUGGCCUCCCGACACUUGCUUACCCUGAUCGGGAUAUUUUUUUUAUUCUUUCUUUUUGCUGCCCAUUUGUUUCGGUUUACUGGUGAUCAACACACACUCAUUCAUUCACUGCUCCCUGUGCGUGUGUGUCUGAGUGAGUUGCUUUGAUCGCAGUUGUAUUCCUUUUCCCCUCUCUCUCUCUCUCUCUCUCCCUAUCUCCCUCUCUCUCUUUCUCUCUCUCUCCUCAUUUCUGUUACCACCAUCCAACUCUGCUCCCUACCCACAGGACAAAAAAAAUCCGUGCGACCAACUUGUUUUCCCGCACUUUUUGGGCCCGAGAUAUGGCAAUGGUAGUUAGUACUUGGCGAGCUCCUCAGGACGACGUGGCCGGAGCUCAGGGCGGCCAGUCUGCACAAGCGCAGCCGGGCCAGCAGCAGCAGGCGGCGUCGGGUGCUCCACACACACCGCAGACUCCGGGCCAACCGGGGCCGCCUUCCACCCCGCUCGGAGGCAGCAGUCAGAGUGUCCAGCCAGGCGGCGAGAAGCAGCAGCCCAGCCAGCAGCAGCAACACAUCGAGUGUGUCGUGUGUGGGGAUAAAUCCAGCGGCAAGCACUACGGCCAGUUCACAUGUGAGGGCUGCAAAAGUUUCUUCAAGAGAAGUGUUCGGCGAAACUUAACGUACACAUGUCGUGCCAACCGGAAUUGUCCUAUAGACCAACACCACCGCAAUCAGUGCCAAUACUGUCGCCUGAAGAAAUGCCUCAAAGUUGGGAUGAGACGGGAAGUUCAGCGAGGAAGAAUGCCUCCAACUCAACCAAACCCAGGCCAAUACGCGUUGACGAAUGGGGACCCUUUGAACGGCCAUUGCUAUCUAUCCGGAUACAUCUCCUUACUACUGCGGGCCGAGCCUUACCCAACCUCUCGCUAUGGGAGUCAAUGUAUGCAGCCAAACAACAUCAUGGGGAUCGAGAACAUCUGCGAGCUGGCUGCAAGAUUGCUUUUCAGCGCGGUGGAAUGGGCCAGGAAUAUCCCUUUUUUCCCUGAUCUGCAGAUCACAGAUCAGGUGGCUCUGCUAAGGCUGACUUGGAGUGAGUUGUUUGUGCUGAAUGCUGCCCAGUGUUCGAUGCCGUUGCAUGUGGCCCCUCUGCUGGCUGCUGCCGGCCUCCAUGCUUCACCGAUGUCCGCAGACAGGGUGGUUGCCUUCAUGGAUCACAUCAGGAUCUUCCAGGAGCAAGUGGAAAAACUGAAAGCUCUGCACGUUGACUCGGCAGAAUACAGCUGUCUUAAAGCGAUUGUGUUAUUCACAUCAGAUGCCUGUGGCCUGUCGGAUGCUGCUCACAUAGAAAGCCUGCAGGAGAAAUCUCAGUGUGCUCUGGAGGAAUAUGUGAGGAGCCAGUACCCAAACCAGCCGAGCCGCUUUGGCAAGCUCUUACUGCGACUGCCUUCUCUUCGUACCGUCUCAUCCUCGGUCAUCGAACAGCUCUUCUUCGUCCGUUUGGUAGGUAAAACACCAAUUGAAACCCUCAUCAGAGAUAUGUUACUGUCGGGGAGCAGCUUCAACUGGCCUUAUAUGUCCAUCCAAUGAUGAGAGAAGGACACCCCUCCCCAAACAAAACAAAAAAAAAAACAAAAGCAUUUUAGGCGAGACACCCUCUCUAUUCAAGGACUUGAAAGUUCCUAUAGGAUGAUAUCUGUGAAAAUAAAAGGACCUUCCAAGAGGCCAAGCUGGUGACUGUGGGAUUUAUUCUGUGAAAAAGAACUGAACUGCAUUAUAUGUAGAACUACACUUACCACAAGCAUUGUUUAUCAUUUUGUAAAAUAUUAGUCUUUAUUUUCUUUUUUGUAAAAUUAAAAAAAAAACAUCGUAUGCGCAUUUUAAAACAAAUCAGAAAUUAGGGGGAAAAUAACAUUUUCCAAAUAAUUAUAAAUUUGUCCUGUGUCUGUGUAUCUAUAUCUGUUUUGUAUUUUUUUUUCCUGGUUCCAAACCAGGUUUUCUGUGAUUCUAUACUAAUUUUUUUUUAUACGACCUUUUGCUUCAUAUAACGAGUGCGAUUAAUGUCGUCAAAAGUAUGUUCUCCAAGAAUUAAAAUUGAAAUCCGAAUUAAACAAAUAAAUACAAGAAUUUAGCACAACGUUUAAAAUAAAGGAAACUUUGUCGCUUUAAGCGUACCGAAUAGCCUGCAGUAUUGGCGAAACUGACGUUUUAAAAGGUGAUCAGAUUAUUAGAGAGCACUCCGAAAUGUUAAUAGAGAAAACGUGUUUUUAAACUCUCACGCAGUGGACCCCCUAAAGAACAUUUGUAUUCUGUGCCGAUUCCCAUUGCUUCUGUAGUUUUGGUCUGAGUGUCCAAGGCACUUAUCUCUUUCAUUUAACAAAGGUCUCCAUGAACUCUGAAAUUAGUUGGACUGAAACUGCUCAUUUAUAUUCAGGACUAUCUUGAUUAAAGUUUUAUUUUGUUUAUGAGAACCGCCCCCAUCCUUGUCUCCGAAUUUCCACGUGGAAAUAAAAAGUAAAUUUCCCCUGUAUGCCCCCACCCCAAGACUCUGAAGUACCAUUCAUCUCCCAGUUUUAAAUCAUGUAACCAAACGUUCCUAUCACCUACUGCCAAGCCUGUUUACCUGUAGUUUUUUUUUUAAAGAAACAACGUCUAGCAAAAAAAAAGUACAAGCGCUGUACUCUUGCAAACGCGUUGUUCUGUUGGUAUGAUGGAAUAUUCUUGUAAAAAUGGUUGUUAUGUUGGAACAGUUACAAAAGUGAUAUAAAAGAGAUCUAUCGUAGCUGUGUCUGUGUUAUUCAUCUCACUUCGAUGAUCUACAAUAUACAUUUUAGAGCACUCCCAUCCCAGAUAUAUUUGGAAAAUAAUCUACCUUAACACUCACAUAAAUGUUGUGUUCCCUCCUCAUCCUCUAAAUAAGACAUUAAAGUUAUAUAGUGGUUACAGGAUUUAAAAAAAUAUUGGGAAUAAGAUGUGAAAACCCUAUCGCUUGCAAGCAGUGUAGAUGUAAAGACGGCUGUGCCUUGUCCAGGGAAGGCUGUUGUAAAUUUCAGUUGCUGCUUUCAUUAAUGUUUGAUAAUCCGGGUCAAAGCUCUAGCACACACUGUCAUGGGAGAGCUUUAACAACUCUGCAUCGAAAUUAAACGUAACAGCCAACCCCGAGCAAAGCACCACAAGGCACAUUGUGAAUCCGAGAGAGUGGCUGCAAAUGUCUGUGUGUUAGUGGGAGUGAAAGUAUAUUGUACGUGUGUAUGUGUGAAAUGUUUGUGCGUGUGUACGUGUGUGUGCACCUUCAGUUUCCUCUCCAAGCUUUCUAUUUCUAUUUACAUUUAACGAGAAUCUGCUAUCUGGCCGCUUGGGGUUUUUAACAUUCUAGUCGCAAAGCUCCGGGAUACACAAGGCGAUGCCCAUAGACUCUUUUAGAUGGAAUAAUUAACGUGUAAAUGGAUUGUCUAUAUACGUUUUCCUGCACUUGUUUAUAUGCAGUGAUAAACAGCAUAUGCAGCAACACUGAACAUACAUGCCUACGCAGCAAGAUGAACCACCCCCUCAAAAAAAACACAUUGAUGUUCACACCCUGGUUAUACUUACCAUUCUGGAUAUUUCAGGGUAAUUUCAGGGAACGCAUUGUCUGUUCUCGCUAUUAGCGUUGUCCCCAGGCCUCUGCCUCCAUCAACCCCGACUUUUACACCCCCUUGCACGGCCGCCCAUCAACAUCAAAGCCAUCAUAGAUUAUUUUAAAUUUCAUCGUUUCACCGUUAAAUCCAAUUAAAAUACUUUAAAAACUUGUAGUACAGAGCAAGGCAGAGGCGUCCUGUGGUAUUCCAUGUCAGUAACUGUGGGGUAGUAAUUGCGUUCCAAAAUUUAAAAAAAAUUGUAUUUUGAAACUCUGCUUCUAAUUAUUUGUCUGAAUUCCCAUUUUUAAGCACAUUUUUUUUUCUAUUUCAUGGCUCUGAUUGUGAGGCGUGUGACUGGAUUCCGGCAUAUGUUACAACCCCAUCCCUUAACACCGCGCGAUUCCAUUCUACAGAAAUUAACAGUCUUGACGUUCGUUGUCUGUGAUGCCAUUGAACACGCAAUUCUGCCACUGUGUAAAUACUGAAUUCCACUUUCUUUAUGCUAAAGCCAUGUUUGUACAUUGGGCACAUGUUGUUUAAUAACUGAUAGCCUAUUUUUCUUAUUACCGACUACUUAAAAUCUCCGCAGACAUUUUGUGAAAUUGACAAAAUGUCAGUAUCCGAACUCAAUCAGCUGAAGGCUUUAUUCUCAAAAUGUUGUCUUGGUUUUAUUUUUAAUUUACAUUUUCUAUUUAAGAAAUGCAACCGAGCGGCUAUCUCCGUAGAUUUUCAGUCCAAUACAAAUAAUUUGAAUAUUCAAAUAUUAAUAGUUUUUUUUUUCAAAAGCAAACUUCGGAUCAUUACUAAAAAUAUAUCGACCUUUAAACUGGAAAUAAAGGUUAAUUUCAACUCAAGAUGCCCGAUUUCAACAUUUAUUGUUACAUUUGACGAUGUAUUGUGAUAUAGGCUCAGUAAAUCGCCGAUUGUAUUGAGGAUGACGAACAUAUUUAUAUUAAAGGCUGCCCAUCUCUUGGAGAAAGCGUAGUCCACUCAAAUGCUUUGAUAGCAUGUGAAGCCAUAAUCAUUUAUACCAGCAAACAAAUAUGGCGUCUUAAAAGCAUUAAAAGCAUUACCUAAAAUAACAUCGUCUACCGACCAUUUUCAGUCUUUCCACGUAAAAACGGAACAGAAACAAAGCAUGUUGGCCACAAAAUCCAUAGUUCCAUUUCUGUCGUUCAGAUUUAUUUUGCAAAAAAGCUGGGAAUUAUACAGUGUGUAAUCUGCCUGGUACGUAGAAUGUACUUACGUGUCCUGGAGGUUGUUCUCCAGCUACUUAUAUUUGUAUCAUUUACCUGUGCUCUGCGUACCACAAUGAUUUAUUUCUAUCAAAAUUGUGAUUUUUUUUGUGUAAUAAAACACAUUUCCACACA